AUGCCAGGCAUAUUCAUCGGAAACCCCUCGCUUUCGGUGACGAUUUCACAGUAUAUGGUCAGUCUUCGUCGGCGGAAGAUCCGAGCAGGCGAAGCAGUAAUGAGUGCUCGCGCGAUGGAUGAACCUACCAUGAAGAGGCUCUGGGAAUUUGCAUGGUCCACGGACCGAAAAGAAAUCGGCCCGAUCUCACGCAAACGAAAGGCAGAAAAUCCUUCUGAAUGGGCUGGAUUUUUGCUCCGCGAGAUGCUUUAUUUACUCUACCUUCUCUCGAUGCUUUGCCUGCUCCGCUACGACGAAGCAUUGCGGAUCACCUGGGCCGAUGUCACCUUAGAAUUACCCUUUCGAAAGACACAUCAGUAUGGAGGCAUAGCCCCGUUUUACAUCUAUGCUGAUCCUGACCGGCCGUGGAUGUGCUUGCUGCGAGCGUUCGCGAUCUGGUGGCUGUUAGCUCACGAGAGACACAGAGAACUCAACGGGUUCAUCUUUCGCAAAAAGAUUGGUGUGGACAGCAUCAGUACCUCGGACUCCUUCCUCGAAUGUUUCCGAAACAAUCUCCUCGACAUAAACGUUGAUCCGCGUCCAUAUGGUACCCACUCGUUUCGUCGCGGCGGGUGUCAAUUUCUGCACACGGUGCGAGGCUGGUCGUUUCGGAAGAUCUGCGACUGGGGUGGGUGGGCUGAGAAUUUCGACAACCCUGGUACCAUAUUCAAGUACCUCUUGUCUUGGAAUGACAAUCCAGCAGAGGCUCGCGAACAUUACAUGAACCCAAACAGGCCAGGCUGUGACCCUUGCUAUAGCUGCGGAAGAACUUGUCAUUGUGGUUAA